GCGGGGCCGAAGGGGAACCGUGAGGGGAGGGCGGUGCUGGGGCCUCCCUUCCCUCCCCCUGGAGCUCGGGGACCUCGGGGCUGUCGGCGGGGGUUGCAUUGGAAUUUGAGAGAAGAGCCCUUUGGAGAGGGGACCUGGGUGCUGGAAGCCCCCGGGCGGGCUGUGCACAGGCAGAGCACGAUGCCUUUCCUGCACGGCUUCCGCAGGAUCGUCCUGGAGUACCAGCCCCUGGUGGAUGAGCUCCUGGGGCUGCUGGCCAUGCCCGACACRGAAAGGCAGAGCUCCCUGGAGAGCCCUGCCUGUCUGGACAGUGACAGGAGCCAACUCUCAGCUGUGAGAAGAGUCCUGGAGAGGGAGACCCACUCCCCGUUUUAUCAGGAAGGUGUGAGCUAUGCCCUGCUGAAGGUCACCGAGCUGGGGCUCGUYCCUGCUGCAGAAAUCCUCCUGGAAUUCGGCGCUGACCUCAGCUUUGAAGACCCAGUCACCUACUACACCGCCCUGCACAUUGCGGUGCUCCGCAACCAGCCGGACAUGGUGGAGCUCCUGGUGCACCACGGUGCUGACAUCAACCGCAGAGACCGGAUCCAUGAGAGCAGCCCCCUGGAUCUGGCCAGCGAGGAGCCUGAGCGGUUGCCGUGCCUGCGACGGCUGCUGCAGCUGGGGGCCGAUGUCAACGCAGCCGACAAGAACGGGAAGACAGCUCUGCUGCAUGCCUUGGCCAGCAGUGACAGCGGCCAGAUCCACAACACCGACAGCAUCCGUCUCCUGCUGGAAGGAGGCGCAGAUGUCAGGGCUGCCACCAAAGAUGGUGACACCGUUUUCACCUACGUCAUCUACCUGCUGGGAGAGAUGGCRUACACCUACACCGAGGAGGAGGCCGAGGACAUCGAACGCUUCUGCUUUCGUGUCACACAGCUGCUGGUGGCCCACGGUGCCAACCCCAGCGAGUGCCCAGCCUCGGAAUCCCUCACACACUUCUGCUUAAAAAGCUUCAAAGACUAUUUCCCGCUGCUGCGGUUCUUGCUGGAGUCAGGUGCUGCCUACAACUGCUCCCUCCAUGGUCCCUCGUGCUGGUCUGGUUUCCAUGUCGCCUUUGAGCACCUCUGCUGGCACCUCAGUAGCUUCGGCGAUGAAACCUAUUCCAGAGAGCUCAUCCAGAAGGGUCAGACUGUGCUGGAGCUCAUGAUGGCYAGUUCACAAGCCAUCCAGCUGCCCAGCAAUUUCGAGGUUAACACCAGCAGCUGUAAGUCCCAUGGGGAGAAGGUCCAGACUCUGUUCUGCUCACUGAAGCAGCUGGAGCGCUCRCCACAGGCACUGAAACACCUCUGCAGGGUGUUCAUCCGGCAGCGCCUGAAACCAUGGCCAGUGGAUGACAAAAUCAAGGCUCUGCCUCUYCCAGACCGGCUGAAGUGGUACCUGCUCAUCGACCACACUGCUGCCAGGCAUGAGGAAAUCUGAGCCAGACAGACAGUGCCUCUGUGUGCUCCCUCCAGAGCCUUGCUGUGCCUGCAGCCACCAUAUCUCUUCUCUGGGACAGUUUUCUCUGCAGCAAAAGGUGCUGCCCAUGAAGUUCCUCUCUGUGGCAUUCUGGGGGCUGUUUUUUGGGCACAAUGUCACACGUGUUUGUGAAGGUCUCAUUGCUCUGUGGCACAUCAUGGGGAGGCAAGCAGAGCUCCUGGGCAUGRGGGAGCUGGAUAUUGGGGCAGAGGGCUGGUUUGAGGGGGGGAGGUUAAACAAAGGCCUCGGGGCAGGAUCAGUGGGUUGGGGGCUGUGACUGGACAGAUAGCCUGUCCCCUCUCUGCCAGYCCUGCCAUGAGUGGGUGAUGCAGUGCCUUAGGUGCGCAGUGAAGUUGAGAGAUGCCUUGGGAUGCUGUGAGAAGGAAUGGGUGUUCUGGCUUUCCUGCCUCUGGUCUUGGUGAUGGAGGCAGGUCCAGCAUCAUCCUGUGUGUGUGGAUGCCUUCCUUACUCACUGGGKAUGGGAAUGAAGGGAAGCAGGACUGGCAGCAGUGCCUGACUGCUCCACACUCUCUUGAGUUUCUGCACCCCAUACUGGCACAGAGGACCAUCCAUCAAGGACAUCUGAGAGCUGCUGGGCUCCAAAACACACAGAUGGAUGUUUCCUAAUUUUGUGGUGUGCUCCCUGUGCAAGGAUGAGGAAUGGGCAGCGAGCAGCUCAGUGCCUUAUGCCUCCCUCCCCAUUCCUUGGCUCUUUCCCUUGGUGACUGCUCCAGGAAUUUUGUUCUCCAGUGCCUCCUUCCCAGGAACAAGAAAUAGCUGCACCUAGAGGACUCGUGUUCCAGCCUUGCCACAGCUGCCUGGCUCCCCCUUCUAGGCACCUGCUUCCUCGUGGCGUGCCAAAGACUGGCCACAGAGCUGAGCCCCAGACAGUUUUAUUGGUUUGUAUUUUGUCAUGGGGGACAGAUGCAGAUGAAAAGAGGAAAUAUCUGUUCUGAUUAAAGAAAGUUUGUAUCAAGUAGAUCUGGGGUUCACUGGCAGUUUGGCUGCAGUACCAGCUGCCCUCUUACCAGCACYGAGUUUUACCCUGCCCCAUGGAACUGGAGCUGUGUGUCCUGAUGAACUSGUAUUUAAGAAAGCCAGUAAUGUGAUCAAAUUCUGCCCCGGUGUCUGGAAUGGGAACUGAGCAAUUAAAUGAGGCCUUUUAUAACAACAGGGGCUUGUUUUUCAU